GGACAAGGGGGAGGGCGCUGGGGGCAGAGGCCCCACCUUUCAUUCCAGCGCUGCACCGGCUGGGCGGGAUGAGUCACUGGCUGGCUCGGCUGUGCACCUUCCCUUAGGUGAGGGACUCAGACCUCUCUGGGGGAAAACUGCGGUGCCUGCUCGUCCUGGCCUUGGUCUUGGCAGGGUGCUGGAGCCCUGGGUCUGCCGGGUCUGGCCUUUGGGGCCACGGCUGGCUUUCCCUGAUGUAUGGUAAGAGCCCUGCGCGUGUGCUUCCACUUCUCCUGGGCUUACAGCUCACAGCCCUUUGUCCUACAGCAGCGGUGGAAAUUUACACCUCCGGGGCCCUGGAGGCAGUCAACGGGACAGAUGUUCGGUUAAAAUGCACUUUCUCCAGCUUUGCCCCUGUGGGUGAUGCCCUGACAGUGACAUGGAAUUUCCGUCCUCGAGAUGGGGGCCAUGAGCAGUUUGUGUUCUACUACCACAGGGAGCCCUUCAGACCCAUGAGCGGACGGUUCAAGGACCGGGUGGUCUGGGAUGGGAACCCUGAGCGGUACGAUGUCUCCAUCAUCCUCUGGAAGCUGCAGUUCGAUGACAAUGGGACAUACACCUGCCAGGUGAAGAACCCCCCUGACGUCGAUGGUCUGGUAGGGUCGAUCCGGCUCAGCGUGGUGCACACUGUGCCCUUCUCUGAGAUCUUCUUCCUGGCUGUGGCCAUCGGCUCUGCGUGUGCAGUAAUGAUCAUAACAGUAAUCGCCGUGGUCCUCUUCCAGCACUUCCGGAAAAAGCGAUGGGCGAAAAGGGCUCAUGACGACGAGGGGAUAAAAUCAAAAGAAGAGGAAAAACUCAAACAAGAGAACAAGGUCUCUGUUUAUUUGGAAGAUGCAGACUAACACUGCGAGGAAGCCGAGGAUUUUCAAGGACAACAUUAGUACCCCCUGAAGUCAGUGGGAACUUUUCCAGUGAUGACCUGUCAUCCCGCAAGUUCUGCUGCACAAACCUGCCUAGAUGAGCGAUGCCCCUGCAGAGUGCGGAACAGCUUAGGGCUCUUCCUGGGCAGACGCCUUUUUCACGGGGGUUUUACCUGAUUCCAGAGUGCAAAUGUGUAUUAGCCUUUGCAAGCUGGGAUGCUCCUUUUUUGUUCUUCCACGCGCCUUAUGGGGUAUGGCUGCUGUACUCCUGUGUGUAUUGGCAUCAAAGGGCAGAAAUGCCAGCCAGCCUGCCUGCCAGGACACUUCUUCUCACAUUUUAAUUUCUUCAGAGCAGCACAGGGCUCUGGAGAGGUGACUCAACCUUUAGCAGCACCUGUUCAGUUCCCAGCAUCCUCAUGGUGGCUCACAACCAUCAGUAACUCCAGUUUUAGGGCAUAGGGCACCUUCUUCUAGUGUCUGCAGGCACUGCAUACACGUGGCACAGGUACACACAUGCAGGCAAAACCCUCACACAUAGAAUGAAAAGAAAUUAAAUCAUAAAAAGGUGAGCUACACCUCCCAGCCAUUUUUGACUAAUAGCAAACUUCAGAUUCACACCAGAAGUCUGAUUUUCAUGGUUGUCUUUAAGUAAUAGACAUAUCUUGUUUAACUGACAGUUAAUACAAUGUUUAUAGGUGGCAGUGCAAGUCUAAGCAUAGUAACUACAAAGGUCACAGGAACACCAGUAUACCAGCAAAUGCUACCAGGAAGAAUUGCUCAUCACCAUUUGUAUGUUUUAUUUUUCUAACAAGUUCUUGCUAUGUAACACUGGCUGGUCUAGUACUAGCUAUGUAGAGCUCAGAGAGCCCUCCUGUCUCAGCUCAAGGGCUAGGUCUCCCUCCCUCAGUAGAGCCCAUGCCCAUUUGACGUCCUUAAACAAUUUAUUAGAAGACUUUGUGAUAUAAUUGUAUUACAACUUUAAAAAAGAUUUAGACUUGUGAGAAAGACCAACCCAGAGCAAAUAAUGAUUUUGUUCAGUCUUACAAAGACUUCGAGAGCUGGAAGAGAUUAUUUAAAGUUUAUUUGGUUUUUAAUUCACCUUAUUUUAACUUUCUUCCUUUUGUUUGUUUGUUUGUUUUCGAGACAGGGUUUCUCUGUGGCUUUGGAGGCUGUUCUGGAACUAGCUCUCGUAGA